AUGGCUGAAGUGGACGCCCUGCCCACGUUUGGCGCCGAAUUGAAGGAUGGCUUCAAGCCCGCGAACGCGUGGGUCGGCCACGGCAUCACCUGGCUCGAAGACAUACAACAAUUCUACCGGGAACGAAGCGCCAUCGAGAAGGAGUAUUCUGGAAAGCUGAAUGCGCUGGCGAAGAAGUACUUUGAGAAGAAGAAUAAGAAGACAGCGGCCCUCAGCGUAGGCGACACGCCCACCAUGACGCCUGGCUCACUGGAGAGCGCAUCCUUGACGACCUGGACGACGCAGCUGACGACGCUGGAAAAUCGCGCCGACCAACACGAUCGAUAUGCCAACAAUCUCGUUUCGCAAGUGGCCGAACCUCUACGGUUCCUCGGCACGCGCUUCGAAGAGCUUCGUAAACGCCACGCCGACUUUGCGGCCAAACUUGAAGCCGAGCGCGAUGCCCAGUACGCCGAUCUUCGGAAGGUCAAGGCCAAGUACGACGCAUCGUGCCAAGAGGUGGAGAGUAAGCGCAAGAAGGCCGAAUCCUCCUACGACAAGGCCAAGGCGCAGAGCUCGUACCAACAGCACAUUUAUGACAUGAACAAUGUCAAGAAUACAUAUCUCAUCGCCAUCAACGUAACAAACAAGCAAAAGGAGCAGUACUACCACGAAUACAUCCCCGAGGUCAUGGACAGCUUGCAAGACCUGUCUGAAUUCCGCACCGUCAAACUGAAUGGCUUGUGGACGGUGGCGUCGCAACUCGAAGCUGGUCUCCUUCAGCAGGGACAUGGUUUGAUGGAGACAUUAACAUCGGAAAUCACUCGAAACCAACCGCAUCUCGACUCCAUGAUGUACAUGCAGCAUAACGUGGGCACCUGGCAGGAACCCGCCGACAAGACAUUCGAGCCGAGUCCCGUGUGGCACGACGAUGACUUGAUGGUGGUCGACGAGUUUGCCAAGGUCUUCUUGCGCAACGUAUUGGGCAAGUCCAAGGGCCAGCUGGGCGAUCUUCGUCGUGAAGUGGACAAAAAGAGACGGGAGGUUGAGGGAGUGAAGACACUCAAGCAGCGAGUCCGCAGCGGCGCCGAAAAGAAGGACGAGAUUCCGACCAACUGCGAUCUCUGCGGCGAGAGGAUCUGGGGCUUGUCUGCCAAGGGGUUUGACUGCAGGGACUGCGGCUAUACGUGCCACAGCAAGUGCGAGAUGAAGGUGCCCGCCGACUGUCCUGGCGAGCAGACGAAAGAAGAUCGCAAGAAGCUCAAGGCGGAGCGGCAGGGUGCCGCAAAUGCGCUGCUCAAGCCCUCCAAUGGGACGUCAGGUCACACGGCAGAACUACCGAGCCUCAGCAGGACAAACACGAUGAACUCGUUGAGCUCAGGAUAUGCACAUAGCGCCCAGCGAUCCGUUUCCGGCUCCAUCUCGGGCCCCCGAUCACCGAUCGAUGAGACACCACCGCCAGUUGAGCCGACGAGCCCAAGACCGACUACGGCCGCAGCAUCGACCGUCAGUACGGCGACGGUGCGCAAAAACCGCAUCAUGGCCCCGCCUCCGACUGCAUACGUCAGCGAGCUGCCUGGCAGUGCUCCCAACGGGUCAUCGUCGAGCGCAGACCACCAGAGUGGCAAGAUGCUGUAUGGUUUCGAAGCCUCGGGCGAUGGAGAGCUCAGCGUAGCCGAAGGACGCGAAGUCAUUCUGCUCGAGCCUGAUGAUGGAUCGGGAUGGCUCAAGGUUCGUGCCGGCUACAAAGAGGGCUUGGUGCCGGCCACGUACGUCGAGAUUAUGGCAGCACCGACUCCGGCACCAGUCAUAGCACAACACACGGGAGCUUCAGGCCGGCCAGACUCGACGUAUAGCAACUCUGGGUCGUCCGUUGGGACUGCGGGCAUGGCGAAGAAGAAGGGGCCAGCGGUGGCGCCGAGGCGGGGAGCGAAGAAGCUCAAGUACGUCGAGGCGAUUUACGAGUACACAGCACAGAGCGACACGGAGCACAGCAUGGUCGAGGGAGAAAGGUUCGUGCUCAUCAAGGAGGAUCCAGGCGACGGAUGGGCCGAGGUCGAAAAGGGGGGUCAAAUCAAGAGUGUUCCGGCGAGCUACGUGCAGGUCGUCUAG